AUUGUAUCUUGACAUUCUACCAAAAAUAACCAAUUUAUUUUUUGUUUUCAACCAUCAAAAUUAUGCAAAAUGGACUGUUCAGUAUCAUUACAACUUAAAGAAAGCUUAUACAACUCAUCCUGGUUUAGAGGAGGACUUUAAAAAAGGAUUUUUUGGGAUCAAACGUACCAGUAAACCAUUUUCAAGGCAGCCCAUUGAUCUUACAUUAGAACAGACCAUCAAUGCAGAUGCUGCAAGAACACUUACUGGUAUCUCACAUCUGACUAAUUCCAUUUCAGCUCGUCAACGGUGGGCGAGAAGUCACGACAUCCGCUCAACUAUAAUCACACACGUGUUAGAAGAGUUGGGAAUAACCAAGAAGCAAGAUAUUUCAGUAGAGUUGCAGCCACAUAAUAUCAAGAAAAGUUGUCAACAACUUGAUAAGUUUAGCUUAGAUUUAUCACCCGAUCAAUUAUUUAAUAUAGGUUCUGGGAAAGAAGUCGGUAAAAAUUGGAGGUAAGCAUCAAGAGAUCAAGCUACAGCGAGAUUUAUUUGGGCGUUUGUUGGGAAUUUCUAUGGACCAUCAAAUUGAUGUUUUAAGAGUUUUAUCGUAUCCCAUAACUCCUGUACCUCUUGCUCUAUGUCAUCUAGAUGGUGGUUUUUGUAAGACUGACAAAUCUGUACUUGUAAAAUGUCUUGUACCAAAUGUUGAUCAAGAACCACCACGCAAUACAGAUGUGUUUAUAAUUGGUGGAUUUUUCAUUCUUCAUUCAAUGAAAGAAGUUCCUAAAACAUUCGGGAGUAUUUCAAAAAAAUUUCUUCAAAUGAUAACAAAAUAUUCUGCCCGACGUAUUGAUGUUAUCUUCGACCAAUAUUUUUAUCCAUCAAUAAAAGAUAGUGAAAGAUUUCUACGGCAUGAAGCAUCUUUGAUUGACUACACAAUUUCUGGGCCUGAUCAGGUGCGACCAUCAGAUUUUUCAAAAGAAUUGAAAAACACCAAUUUUAAGGAAGCUAUUGUUGAAUUUUUUAUAAAGCAUUGGUCUACUGAGGAAGUAAAAUCAUUUUUGGGUAACCGACAGAUUUAUUUAAAUUUUCGGAAUUGUCAAUUGUAUCAAGUUGUUGAUGAUACAGUAGAAUCGAGUGUUGUGGAAGAUUUAUGUUGUACUUCACAUGAAGAAGCUGAUACAAAAAUUAUCUAUCAUGCUUCUUAUAUCGCAGAGCAGACAAACAUUGUCAUUAGGGCCUCAGAUACCGACAUUUUAAUUCUAAUGAUUGGUAAUAUGUCACAUUUAAAGAACCCUCAUUCUAAUAUUUGGAUGCUCAGUGGAACAGGAAAUAAUGAAAGAUACAUUGACAUCAAAAAAAUUUAUAGAGAACUUGGUGAACUAUUAGCUAAAAGUUUAAUCGGUUUCCAUGCAUUUACUGGAUGCGACUUUAAUCCAGCAUUCUUUAACAAAGGGAAAAGAAGACCCUUUACUUUACUGAAGAAAAAUUCUGGAUUUCAACAAGCAUUUGCUACACUUGGUGAAGAUAAUUUAACAGAAAAUCAACUACAACAGCUAUUUAACACUAUUCAAGAGUUCACCUGCCAGCUAUACAAUGCCAAAAAAUCUACUGAUGUAGACGAUGCCAGGUUUCAGAUGUUUGUUAGAAACUAUAAAGCCUCAGACAUCAAUGAAAAUUUUCAGAAGAAAAUUCAAAAUUUUGACGCAAGCUCAAUACCACCAUGUAAGACUGAGCUUUACCAACAAUUUUUGAGGGCCCACUACAUUUCUUCUCUGUGGAGAAAUGCUUCCAAAUUACAACCGACAACUUUAGACCCAUUGAAGUAUGGUUGGGAUGAGCAAGACAACGCAUAUACCUUCAAAUGGUUCGAAGGUGACCAACUUCCAUCUUUUGUGGGUGACUUAAUCACCAAAGUUUCUGAGUCUGACGCAUUAGAUGAUGAGGACGAGCUACCUAACGACCAACAUGACUCCGAUGACGAUGAUGAUAACGACGAUGAUGAUGAAUGAUGAUUAAGAUGUAUAUACUUAUAUCAAUAUAUAUUUUAAAGUAUGCAUGAUUUAUUUUUAAACUUUUUUAACAAUUUUGUAUUUAUGUUGACGAAAUGAAAUGAAAAAAUUGAAAUGAGACAUUUUAUCAUUUUUUUUAUUACCAUUUUACCUUAUUAUUUAUUGUUCAUCCUUAAAUAUAUACUUUUUAUCAUUUAAAUAAUGAAAUAUAAUAUAUAUAAUAAAAAAAAAUUUUAAUUUUUCCAAAUACUCUCAUAAAGUGACUCAAAAGUUAAUUAUAUUGAUGUAA